AUGAAAAGAAAAGCAGUCAAGCAAUUUUGUUUAGAAGCAACUUCAACGCCGAACUCGUCAACUGGUUUAUUUUGGAAAAAAAUGAAACCACUUUUACCAACCAAUAAAUCUAACAAUGACGGAUCGACAAUACAACUUAUUGAGAAUGGGUUAAUGAUUACAGAUCCUAGCUCAGUAUUCAAUAACUAUUUUACGACCCCAUCUGUUGAAGAAACAAUCUUAAACUUGACUGAACAAGAUUUUGAGAAUUAUAUUAGUGUACGGGCAAUCAAGGAACAAUGUCAUGAUUUGUAUUUCUCAUUCCAGCAAAUUAACAUGGAUGAAAAGAAAGCUAGUGGGCCUGACGGUUAUCAACCAAAGUUACUUAAAGCCUCAGCUCCUGCAAUUGCCUUGCCACUCACUAAUUUAUUUAAUUAUUGUAUUGAUAAAAGUACCUGGCCGAAUGCAUGGAAACAAGGAGAUGUCACCCCUGCAUGUUCACAAAAAAGAUGA